CGCACACGGACACGCGCAUCUGCUCGCGCACGAGUCUGUAACGGCUCGAGUAAAAGCUCGUUCCGGUUCUGAUCGGUUGUGUGUCGGUGAUGUAAGGAGCGCCGAGGCGGUCCGAGGGAUCAGAGCGGAAGAUGGCGGAGGCGGAGGGGGACGUGUCUCCGUGUUCUCCGCGGCGCCGCUCCGGGUCCGAGUCCGAGGGCGAGCUGUGGCUCAGUCUGGCCCGCGCGAAGACGCGCUCGUACGGCAGCACCGCCAGCGUGACCGCCACCCUGGGGGAGAGAUACACACUGCACCGCGUCACCGAGGGGGACACACUGCAGGGCAUCGCGCUCAGAUACGGGGUCACGAUGGAGCAGAUAAAACGAGCGAACAAACUCUUCAGUAACGACUGCAUUUUCCUGCGUCACAGCCUGAACAUCCCUGUGCACAUGGAGCGGCCGUCUCUCUUUAACGGACUGUCUCUGGAGUCCCCUGAUGGAGAGGACCCCUCUGCUUGCAUCUCCUACGUGCCCGCCCCCUCCCCCCCUCCUCCUCAGGCCGCCCCGGAGUCCACCCCGCGGCCCCCCCAACCUGACGAGCUCUCCGCUAAAGACUAUUUGCACAUGCUGGACUUACAGAUCACUCGGUCCAAACAGGCCGCCAGGAAGCUCAAGGAGGACGAGCCGAGGCAGGAUGAAGAUCAGACACCGGUGACGUCAUCGUAUCAGGAGAUCUAACGCGCGUCUGAUCAACUUAUCGAGAGCUGAGACGAUCGAAUCCGUCUGUCUGUCUUGUAUCUAAUGCGUCUCUGUGUUUCAUUUUAUUUAUAAUUUUAGAAUCUUGUUUUUAUCAGUCCAGUCAUCCUCACUGCCUUUUACUUAUUAUUAUUAUUAUUAUUAUUAUUGCUGUUUACAUCCAGCUGUGUGUGUGUGUGGGGGGCAUUAAACGGAAAUGUGCACUCAGAGACACUAAUACGCUUUAAAAUAAAAACUUUAUUAAUGCUGCUGUACAGACGAGACACAGACGACAGACUGUCUGCAGACCCCCAGACGCAGACGAGCGAUCAGACGCCGCGCUCCAGGACGUUCUGUGUGUUUACCAGUCGCUGUUCGCUCAGUAAGAAUAUACAGACCAGUGUGUGUGUGUGUGUGUGUGUGGGUGGCUGCUUAAUGACUUUUAAUUAGUUUUUAUUUGAUUUGGACUCUGCUGUACAUUUCUUGCAGUGUGUGUGUGUGUAAGCGAUGCUGCUGUGUGCUUUCUGAUUUUAAGAUGAAAUCCUAAUAAACGUAUCAGUAAAUCA